AGGUAUAAGCAUACAUGGCUCCCGGUGCCUCAAACGAGAAGAAAACUGAUGCGGAACAGACGUCAAAAGAGAAUUUUGUCCAUCUUUGCAACCCUCACCUGGAGAAAAUGAAAGAAGACAUCCUGUACCAUUUUGCUCUUGGGACUGGUACCCAUGAUUUUCCAGCGUUGUUUGGAGAUGUAAAGUUUGUGUGUGUUGGAGGAAGUCCUUCACGGAUGAAAGCUUUUAUCGCCUACAUAGCUGAAGAACUGGGGCUUGGGAGCCCUGGUUGUGACUAUCCUAACAUCUGCGCGGGAACGGACCGUUACACAAUGUACAAAGUGGGACCUGUUUUGUCAGUCAGUCACGGUAUGGGCAUUCCUUCUAUUUCAAUCAUGUUGCACGAGCUGAUCAAACUGCUGUAUCAUGCCAAGUGUUCCAACAUAACCAUUAUUCGCAUUGGCACCUCUGGUGGAAUAGGUCUGGAGCCAGGCUCGGUGGUUAUAACCAGGCAGUCUGUAGAUGCCACCUUCAAACCUCAGUUGGAACAGGUUAUUCUGGGAAAGACUGUAGUUCGCAGUACAAACCUAGAUGAAGAGCUAGCUAAGGAACUGAUGCAGUGCAGUAAAGAAAUGGGUCAGUUCAAUACAGUCAUUGGAAACACUAUGUGCACUUUGGAUUUCUACGAAGGACAGGGCAGGUUGGAUGGUGCAAUCUGCUUGUAUAGUGAAGAAGAGAAAAUGCAGUAUUUGAAGGAAGCUUAUGAUUCUGGCAUCAGGAACAUAGAGAUGGAAUCUUCUGUAUUUGCUGCAAUGUGUAAUUUCAGCGGUAUCAAAGCCGCCGUAGUGUGUGUCACUCUUCUGAAUCGGCUUGAAGGGGAUCAGAUUAGUAGCUCGCAUGAUGUUCUGGCGGAGUAUCAGGAGAGGCCGCAGAAGUUAGUGGGGUAUUUCAUUAAGAAAAGUCUCGGGAAAGUAUGAAAUACCCAUCUUUGUUUUACAGAAGCAGAAGGCUUUUGCACAGCUGAAGCUGACUUCUGUGCAUUAAAGGUCUUUUGCCUCAGAACACCUUACAGCAUUCCGUGUGUCUGUGGAAGUUAAUCAUUUAUGUCACUGUGCUUUGGGAACCGAAUGUGCUGAGUGGUCUUCAGUUAAGUGUUGCUUAGUUAUGUGUUGCUAGAUAUAAGACUCACUUUUCUGUGAAUUGGACAAUGGAUCUGCUGUGAAGGACAAGCCUGUUAUAACAUAUAUGAAAAAGCUUUAUUUAUCACUGCUGUAAAAGAAAAACUAGGAUGAAAAUCAAACUUUAUUGCCAAGUACUUGCAAACCACCAAAUUAAAAUUAAUUUAAGAAUGCU